AUGCAUCAAUUAGCAGCCAUACAUAUAAUUAGCCCAGACGGCAUUUCGCACACUUUUAAUAACAGAGCUAAUGGGUACAGCCGCGGUGAGGGCAUCGGAAGCCUAAUCGUGAAGAGUCUGUCUAAUGCCAUCCGUGAUGGAGACACUAUCAGAGCUGUAAUCAAAGGUUCUAGGCCCGGAGGCUCAAGCGACCUGAUUCGGGAUGUCUAUAGAGAAGCCGGGCUUCCGCUCGACAAAACGGACUACGUCGAGCUUCACGGCACAAGUACUCCUGUUGGCGACCCUCUCGAGCUAUCAGCAAUCGCUGCCACCUUCGGAUCCAGCCGAACGCCUAGUCAGCCGCUCUACGUGGGCAGCAUCAAACAAGCCGUCGGCCAUACUAAGGGCUGCGCUAGCCUCGCGGGUCUUUUCAAAUCCAUGCUAUGCCUGGAAAAGGGUAUUGUAUUACCCACUGCAGAGGUUGAUCAGGUGAAUCCGAAACGCAAGCUUGUAGAUUGGAAUCUUGCGUUACCCGAACGUGCUAUGGAUUGGCCAUCGUCGGGAUGCCGCCGCAUCAGCGUGAACUCAUUCGGUUUCGGAGGUGCCAAUGCUCAUGUCAUCCUCGAUGAUGCGCAUCAUUACACGCAAGCACAUGCAUUGAAAGGAAAGCACUCAACCACUUCGACCAAAACCAGCCUGUGGUACAGAAGAACGGACUCAGUACUGGACAUAACGAUGUAUACACCAAUGGGUGCACUCAUGAUCGCACUAGUUGACUUGUUAGCUGAAUAUUCCAUUAGGCCAAAGGCAGUCGUUGGACACUCGAGCGGAAAGAUCGCCGCUACGUACGCCGCUGGUAUUCCAACACAUGAGGACGCAAUCAAGGUCGCCUAUCUCCGAGGGGUGUACUCAGAAAGGGUUUCACAGGGACCGAGGAGUGGUCGCAUGCUAGCUGCCGGCAUCUCAGAACAAGAAACCCAUAUCUACCCGAAAGCGAUGCCCUCAGAAUGCGUUGUUAUAGCGUGUGUAAACAGCCCAAAAAGUGUCACCCUCUCUAGUGAUGUGGAAUACAUUGACCAGCUAGAGAUCGAUAUAUUGAAAGACUCCAAGUUUGCCCGAAAGCUUCGGGUCGCGACUGUCUAUCACUCCCCGUUGAUGAGGAUGGUUGCUGAGGACUGCAUGAGUGCCAUGAUCGAUGCUGACAAUGGGGAACCUCAGGACACCGCGACAGUGCCCAUGUUCUCUUCGGUAACGGCGCCAUUGGUUCAGAUCAUGGAGCUCGUCGACAAAAAACUACCAUCAGAGCUCCCCUAUACUUCCAUCUUGGUCAGCGGGGAGGACGCUGUCACAACUUAUUUGAAGGCUGCUGGACAUGUUUGGGCUCUCGGAAUGCCGGUUUCCCUUGAUAACGCCAACCAAAACAAACCAUCUCAAGCUGUUCAAGUUGCAGUAGACCUUCCUUCAUACCCCUGGAACCAUGAAAAGGUGUAUUGGCACGAGUCGGCGGCCACGAAAGAGCAGCGACUUGGUCAAAAGGCCCGUACUGAUCUCCUCGGCAUCGCCGUUGAACACCAAAAUCCACUUGAACCCCAGUGGAGAAACUACCUGCGCGUUCGAGAGAAUCCCUGGAUAGAGGAUCACAAGAUCACUGGGGCAACCUUAUACCCCGGUGCCGGGAUGCUGAUCAUGGUCUUAGAGGCUGUUCGCGAGAUAACCGGUGGAGAAAAAUCUGCAAAGGGCAUAGAGUUUGUAGAUGUUCACUUCGAUCGGGGGUUGGUCAUUCCGAGCGAAGGUUCCGCUAAGACUCUCUUGCGGAUACAGACGCCUCACGAUGCUGAAUCAUCGCAUUACAACUCCGCGAUCUUCUCGAGGAUUGGUGAGGGCUCAUGGACCAAGCAUUGCUUUGUUAAUUCCUCAAUCGUAUCUGAAGGUACUAAUGUUGAUGGGGGCUCGGAUCUGGCAUCGUUCGAGUGGGAGACACAAAUCUCGGCAUUCGACGCGAUAAAGAGGCUACCGUCCCGGGAGGUGGACGUGAAGAAGUUUUACGAGAGCCUCGAUAAUGUUGGCAUGAAUUAUGGGCCUAGCUUUCGAAAUCUUGCAUCUCUGACCGUGUCGCCUGAAAAUGGCUGCUCUCACGGCACCGUCAAGAUCCCGGACACCAGGAGCGUCAUGCCCUACGAAUACGAGUUCCCGCACAUUAUUGACCCGGCAACCCUGGACGCAAUCUUCCAUCUGCUGGCUGCUGUACCGUAUCUGUUGGAAAGGCUCUUCAUCUCUUUCAAGCAGCCCCAAGGCGCCGGCUCGGUUUUCACAGGAUUCGGCCAGAAGGCCAAUCGCAGUGACAAGCAACUUGCUGCCGAUUUGGUAGUUUCAGAUGAAUGCUGGAGCGAGCCUAAAGUCAUUGUCAAGGGGCUCAUCAUGCGUCAAGUGUCUUCCGAUUUGUCCAAUAUUUUCAGCGAUAGUGCAAUGACGAGUGAGAAGAAAACAACCAACAUCGUCUGGAAAGCCGAUCCAGAAAGCUUACUGAGAAGAAGCGAAGCAGCAGUGCCCAGCUACAUAGAAAUUGCCGGACUCCAGGGAUGGCUAGAACUCGAAUGCCACAAGUCAAAUGGCCUUCGUGUACUGCUCGUUGGGAACACCCUGGAUGGUGACGUGCUGAGUUAA